GUUGAAGGAGCGGGUCCGAGCCGUGUUCAGCGCGCCACCGUUUUGGGAGCAAGGGCGCCUCCGAGGACUGGCUAGGGUGCACGUCAAGACAAGUGGCAACGCCGUCGUGGCACUGUAGGGCGCUGGACUAUAUGAAUGCAAGAUGAAAAGCCGUUGCAGUGGGUGUGCGCCAUCGCAUAAGGAAUACCACACCAGUAACCGGGCCCAGCGAGCUCACGCGUAGCUCGCGCAUUCCGUUGGCACCAGGCAUCGGCUCGGUCGGAGGUCGUUGCUGCUCGUCCUCACCGCGGCCAAGUACCAACGGCCAGCCGCCGCCGCCCAGCCACCGCCCUGCCGCCGACGUAGCCAGAGGGCAUACACGGUGCGCCUGCCAUUGUCGAGGGCCGUUGGGCAGGAUGUCUGGCUGCAGCUCUUCCACCACGGUGGAGAUAGUGGAGGGCGGUUCGUGCCAGGCGCGCUCCCCGGCGCGCUCCCCGUCACCGAGCGUGUGCAUCAUGAGCAGUGCCGAGCCGCGCCCUCCCUCGCCCGGCCUGUGCAUCGUGAGCGAGACGCGGAGGGCGCCCUCGCCCAGCGUGUGCAUCGUGAGAGAGGAGCCUCGGGCGCCCAGCUUCUGCGUCGUGAGCGGCAAGCGCUCCGCGUCUCCCACUACCGUCUACGUGGUGAGCGAGGGCGAGCAGCAGCCGCGGAGGUUCUCCCGGUCGCCGAACGUGUGCAUCGUCACGACGUCCCCGCGGCCACGGACGCCCGACGUGUGCAUCGUGACGGAGGAAAGACCGCCCUCGCCCAGCGUGUGCAUCGUCACCGAGACGCGCAGGUCGCCGUCCCCCACACGGGUGGAGGUCAUCGAGACAACCAAGCGGUCGUCAUCGACCAUCAUCAUCCAGGAGUAGACGCCGCAGCCUGCACCCCGCCGGUACUCCAUCGCCGGCGGGCCGCCUCCGGAUCGCGACUUGUCGCAGAGCGCACUUGCCGGCGAGUGAAACCUACGGGUGGUCGCGCAGUUCCAGACUUCAUGCUACUGCAUCCUGUCCAGAUGUGGAAAGUGGGCGCCUUGGCGCGCGCAUCUGGACGGGGCGCACGAAGGAACCGAGGCGGCGGCUCACAAAAUUACGGCGCACGCGAAGGUACUGAGGCGCCGGCUGACAAAACUGCGGGGCACACGAAGAAACGGAGGCGCCGGAUGAGCAAAUUGCGGGGCACAACAGAGGCGGCGGCUGACAAAAUUUUCGUAUUCACUGUGAAAUAAAGGUUUGACGUAAUGAA